AUGGAGAACGAAAAGGGAGAUCUCGUCGAUCUUUACGUGCCACGCAAGUGCGCUGCGACUGGCAGGCUCAUCGAGGCCAAGGAUCACGCCUCUGUUCAAAUCGCGGUGGGAGAUGUUGACGAGAACGGUCGUCUCAUUCCCGGAAGCUUUACCAACUUUCCCCUCUCUGGCUACGUUCGCCGAUCCGGAGAGAGCGACGACUCUUUGAACCGACUGGCUACUCAGGAAGGACUCCUGCGCAACGUCUACAGCUACCAAAAGUAGAGGAGCUUUGGAGGCCACACUUUCCAAUCUACUGGGGUCACAAACGCACAUCAUUCUCUCUCCUGCUGUACAACGACAUGACG